ACUAGCCCAUUUCGGAAGCCCCGCCGCACCCCGAGGCUAGUAAAUACUUCCCCAGGAAAAUAAGAUCCGAGGGACCUGUGCUCUGAGAUACUUUCCUUGCCAUUGAUCGUACUAGGUCCAGUGAGUUCACGAGCUGCGGCCAACCGGGAUCUGUACUGUAGUUAGCUGUGCUGCCGAUCCCGUAUGAUAACUUCACGUCUUCCUUACAGUAGAUCUAGAGAGAGGCGGCGGAGUUGACAAAUCUGGUCACCACCGCCUGAGACCACCCGCCGCCACACCUAUCCCACCCAGUUCAACAGGUCCGUCGUCGCUCAGUCAGUCGCCAUGGUCAAAUUCGUGGAAACAGACACGUCCGGCUUGCCUCUCAAACGGAAACAGGUCGCGCAAGCGUGCGAAAAGUGUCGCCGGCGGAAGAAGCGAUGUGUACACGCGGACCCGAAGCCGAACGUUGGCCCAACUUCUUCCGGAUCACCUGAAAAGUCGCCCGGGGCGGGGAGACGGCAAUCGUCAACGGACCAUGGUCACCGGAACAACCAGACACGGGUCUCAACUCCGACUCCUGCAGUCGACGAUACACAUCCAGUGUCGCCGAUUAUCCAGAAUGGAGAGAAGCGCGGAGAGGCUCAACCAUCGACGUUCUUCGGCGACUUGAACCCAGAGGCCAUCCUCAUGGAGGCCACUAGCCUGUGUUCUCGUCGCGAUGUGUCUGCGCCCGGCGGGCUCGGCAUAUGGCAAGCUCCCAUGGCGCCUCGUUUAAGCACUCGGAAUUCUAGCGUCCCUAGUGUACAAUCAUCUUCGCGACGGGCCGUCCAAGAUAUGGUCAAGUCGUAUCUGUGGAACCACUGUCUACCAUGUCGCCCUCCGCCAGACGACUAUGCGGUCUUGAGACGCAUCUACUUCGAGAAGAUGAACCCUAUUUUCCCAAUAUUUGAAGACCCGUCCGUGUCUGGUGUACCGGACGAACCAACAGACAUCCUAGUUCAACAGGUUGUCAGUCUUGCAGCGGCCGCCGAUCCUGAAGCCGUUCAGCACUUACGGGUGAGUCUGCACGGUGCCCUCAUGUCUCGCCAAGAAUUCUGCGCCUGCUUGUCCAAUUCUGUUCUCGCAACGCUAGAUGCGGGGAUCGUGACAGAUCGGAUUUGGCUCGUGCGCCUGUCGGCUGCUUUGUCGUUGUACACGCAGCCUACGAACUCCGAAGAAGCGGACAUUCCAUCCCUCUUAAACAGCCGGGCUGUCCACCAAGUGCACACCCUCGGACUUCAGAUGGCAGUGGAUGAUGCGCACCCGAAGAAAGAGAUGAUACAAACCAUUUUCUGCUGCGUCUGGGCACUCGAUCGCAUUACAAGUGCGUUCUAUGGCCGAGCUCGUCUAAUUCACCGACAAGACGUGGGCUGGAACUUCGAUGACUGCAUCCGAGCACAGACGCCGCCGUUCCGCCUUCUUCUCAUGAUUAUCGGCUUACUUGAUAAGAUAAUCAAUCUAUACUGCCCUGAAAACCGAUUGAGCCAGUCUACUCUCAUUGAGUUGCCUAUAUUCGAGCAGAUGAUCCUGGACGCAGAGGCAUUAAGAAUGACAAGCUCAUGCCUCGCUUCUCUAGAAAUAUUCUAUCAUUCAGUCGCUAUCUUGUCGACUCAGACGCCAGCUGAUGUCGCAUCAUCUGCCAUGCCUAAGCCCUCAACAAAUAGCCGGAGGUCUCUCGCUGCAGACCGCAUAACCUGGAUCGUCGGCGAGGAGUUCUCCGGGCAGCUCUCGUACAUGCCGUUUAUUCCCUAUGCGCUUUCUCUAUCUCUCAGUGUUUCAUAUCGGAAAAUGCGACACAGUAGAGUGCCCAUGUUCAGGAAUCGCGGCAAGCGCGCGUUCCAAAAGAACAUGUUGCUCUUGAAGUCAAUGGACGACAUGUUCUGGAAAUCGAAGACCAUGGUGGCGAUGGCGGAACAGGUUCUCAAUGAAAUGGACAAGACCGUCGCGUCGCUGGCCCAAGAAAAUGGAUUAACAGAUCUUUCCAAGAAGGUCGAGUCAGCACCGCAGGGUGAGCGGCCCCAGGUACAGCCCGAAGAACCUCGGGCUAUGGACUUCACGCAAUACCCGGCCAAAGCUGGUAAUGAGAUGAUCUUGUUUGAUGCCGUUCCUGACCUGGACUUGUUUGGCCAUUUUGAUCCCACCUUUGAUCUAGGAGCCGUCGACGCUGCUCUUGAAGGGAACUUCGACUUCGGAACGUCGACAAACUGGUUUGACUGGCAUCAGCAAUGGGGAUGAAGUAUCAAAUAUCCCAAGGUCUCUACAGAUGCUCUAGACAUCGAUCGCACCUAGAGGAUCGACGGGAGGCAACGAACAACAUCUCACUCGAUUGGGGAAAUUGGAGAUAUUUGGUACAUAUACUCCCGCCCAUCCACCCAGUCCGGAAACCCCCUUGCCCUCGUGCUAUUUGCAUGUCGGCGUUAAACCCCGCACCCUACCUCCCCAGAUCAACCCGA